AGGGGUCAGAGGGUAAAAAUGAAUCAAAGAGGCUGAACUAGGCUUGUCCAGGUGACACAAGACUUAGAGAAUAACAGGUGCUAAAUGUGAGCACAGGGAAAGGUAAAGACAGAGGAAAAAAUCUGGACAAAUUACAGAACAAAAUCCAAGAAAUCCUAAAAUAAACUGAGAGGAGGAACUGGGAAGUGGAUUUGGAUCAUUUAAUGGACGGUUUACUCAAAAUGGCUCGCAUCAGGCGCUACUCGGAGGCGAUGACACUGCCGGACUCUUUCAUCCAACGCCAGCAGCUGGAUGCCAGCAUGGCUGACACCUUCCUGGAGCAUCUUUGUCUGCUGGACAUCGACCAGGAGCCAAUCACUGCUCGCAACACCAGCAUAAUCUGCACAAUCGGUCCUGCAUCCCGAUCAAUCCACAAACUCCAGGAGAUGGUCAAAGCAGGAAUGAAUAUUGCUCGACUGAAUUUCUCUCAUGGCUCACAUGAAUACCAUGGUGAAACCAUCAAGAACAUCAGAGAGGCAGUGGAGACGAUCACCUCUGACCCCUUGUAUUAUCGGCCAGUUGCCAUCGCUUUGGAUACGAAGGGUCCAGAGAUCCGCACUGGAUUAGUGAAAGGGAAAGUGGAGGAGGAGGUGGAGCUGGAAAAGGGCAGCCAUGUUCGUGUUGUGACAGCAGAAAGUGACAAAGACAACACAGAUGGAAAGAUUAUCUGGGUGGACUAUCCCAGCCUGCCCCAAGUCCUCAAGAAGGGAGGAAAGAUCUACAUUGAUGAUGGCCUCAUUGGACUCAGAGUGACAGAAAUAGGCUCUGACUGGGUGGACACGGUGGUGGAGGCCGGCGGUGUGCUCUGCAGUCGCAAAGGUGUCAAUCUCCCCGGCUGCGACCUGAUCGGCCUGCAGGCGGUCAGCGAGCGAGACGAGGCUGACCUGAGGUUCGGGGUGGCACAGGGCGUCGACAUGGUUUUCGCCAGUUUCAUCCGCUCGGCCCAGGAUGUCAAGGAUGUUCGACGAGCUUUGGGAGCACACGGACGAGACAUCAAAGUGAUCAGCAAGGUGGAGAGCCGGCAAGGGGUUCAGAAUUUUGAGGAAAUCCUCGCUGAGAGUGACGGAGUGAUGGUUGCCAGGGGCGACCUGGGGAUCGAAAUCCCGGCGGAGAAAGUCUUCAUUGCUCAGAAGAUGAUGAUUGGGCGCUGCAACUCUGCCGGCAAGCCUGUCAUCUGUGCCACACAGAUGCUGGAGAGCAUGGUGGCCCACCCACGGCCAACCAGAGCAGAGGGCAGUGACGUCGCCAACGCCGUGCUGGAUGGAGCUGACUGUGUAAUGUUAUCUGGGGAGACCGCCAAGGGACUGUUUCCUGUGGAGGCAGUCGCGAUGAUGCACUCGAUCUGCAGGGAGGCAGAGGCGGCCAUUUUCCACCAGCAGCUAUUUGAGGAGUUGCGUCGCCUCACUCCUCUCUCCUCUGAUCCCACAGAGGUCACAGCCAUCGGAGCUGUGGAGUCCUCCUUCAAAUGCUGUGCCGGAGCCAUCAUUGUCCUCACCACCAGUGGGAGAUCGGCACACCUCCUGUCCAGGUACCGCCCUCGCUGUCCUAUCGUUGCAGUCACCAGAAGUCCUCAGGUGGCCCGUCAGUCCCAGCUGUUAAGAGGAGUGUUUCCUGUCCUCUUCCACCCUCUGCCUGCUCCUGUCUGGGCAGAUGAUGUAGACAACAGGGUUAACUUUGGCAUGGACAUAGGGAAAGCAAGAGGGUUCUUCAAAUCAGGCGACAUGGUGAUUGUGGUGACAGGUUGGAUCCCAGGUUCCGGUCACACUAACAUUAUGAGGGCAGUCAAUGUCCCGUAACAACCUGACCUGGACUUUCAUUUCGACUGACAUGCUGACCAGACAGUGUUAGAGCCUCUUUAAGACACUUCCUAUAAUGUUGACCGCCCCAUUAGAUUAAAAUAAUAAUCACUGCCACUGAUAAAUUAACAAAAUUAUGACAGAAAUAUAAUUAUUUAAAUUCAAGGAUAUUAUAAGGAAACACAUGCCACUGGAACUGGUCUCAGGAAAGUUGAAUGUGUGCAAGCGAUGACUCCCUCCAAAAUAAAACUUGAACCAUUCAUUUUAACACGCUGUUCUCCUGUUCAUGUCGGGACUGAAGCUGAACUAAUUGAGCCGUCCAGCCUCUUCUGUUCAUCUCUCUUAUUUAUGUUAUUAGUAAUAUUUAAUUGAAAGUGAAUUAUUGUCUCUCUGUUGGCCUUUGUUGAAGCAUAUCAUUAUUGGUAGACUUCAUAGAAUUUGGAGAUAAGGCUUUCAUUUCUGUCCUCUAUUAUACUAUUUCAUAGUCCUGCGCUUAUCUCCAUGACAGUGCAGUUCUUUUGGCUUUUAUGAGCAAUGCUGAGAGACACAGAGAGGACUGGUAUUGGACUGCACCUCCUUUUGUCCACUGAGAUGACCCAGAUGCUCGCAUCUGCAUACUGUUCUCCCAUAAACUAAUUAUAUCUGCGCCUGUGUGGGGCUUUCUCAUGUCUGAUGAUCUUUUAUGUGACGUCCUUGCCUUUUUUUUUUCCAGGCGUCCUCCGUCUUUGGUGUUUCCUUUCCAGUUGUAAUGCGCCUUGAAUCCUUGAAUCUCAACCUCCUUCUAUCACCAAUAAUACAAGUAAUAGCCACUUUUACAGAGACUGGGCAUGUUAGCCACUGUAAACAUUUUUGUGCUCGACUUAAUGACAGUUUAUAUUUUGAACACAUUUAAAGGACUUUUGUCUUUAUACUUCCAUAUGGGGUCUGGGGUUGUAUGCUACUGAUGCAUUAACAUAGAAGAAGCAAUUUCAUUUUAUAGGUGAUGCUAAUUCAUGUAAUGUUGGUUGUUGAUUCAUUUUUGGAAAAUGUACCAUAUAAGAUGGUCACGUUUGUAUAUAAAAUGUUAAUCUGCACAGUAAAUACAGCUGUCAGAUAAAUGCAGAUUACAAUAUUUGAAACUUGUAUUCAAAACACUGUUCUCACCUUAAUUCUCAAGUUUUUAAGGCGACAAAUCACCGAUUGUACAUUUUACACAAAGCUUGGCAGGCAUAAAACAUAACGUUCAUAGAAAUUGUUUUAAAUUGGCUGCUAUAUCAGCUCUGUGUUAUAUUAGAAAAUGAACAUUUAUUAUUCCAGAGGCAUAACGCACUUGAGCUUCAUCUGCGACAGGACCAGGCGGCUUUUAAGCAACAUAAUCUGAUCGUAUUUGACAUUUGUUUAAUGCCGUUUUGUAUUUUUCUAACGUGUCACCGUUCUU